AUGGUUUCCUUCUCAAAAAAUAAAGUAUUAUCCGCUGCCGUUUUUGCCUCCGUACUUUUGUUAGAUAACAAUAAUUCCGCAUUUAAUAAUAACUUGUGUAGCAAAAAUGCAAAAGGACUUAAUUUAAAUAAGAGAUUAUUACACGAAACUCAAGCACAUGUAGAUGAUGCCCAUCAUGCUCAUCAUGUAGCCGAUGCCCAUCAUGCUCAUCAUGUAGCCGAUGCCCAUCAUGCUCAUCAUGUAGCCGAUGCCCAUCAUGCUCAUCAUGCAGCCGAUGCCCAUCAUGCUCAUCAUGCAGCCGAUGCCCAUCAUGCUCAUCAUGCAGCCGAUGCCCAUCAUGCUCAUCAUGCUCACCAUGCAGCCGAUGCCCAUCACGCUCAUCAUGCAGCCGAUGCCCAUCAUGCUCACCAUGCAGCUGAUGCUCAUCACGCUCAUCAUGCAGCCGAUGCCCAUCAUGCUCACCAUGCAGCUGAUGCUCAUCACGCUCAUCAUGCAUCCGAUGCCCAUCAUGCUCAUCAUGCAGCCUAUGCCCAUCAUGCUCAUCAUGCAUCCGAUGCUCAUCAUGCAGCUGAUGCUCACCAUGCAGCUUAUGCCCAUCACGCUCAUCAUGCAGCUGAUGCUCAUCAUGCAGCCGAUGCUCACCAUGCAACCGAUGCUCAUCAUGCAGCCGAUGCUCAUCAUGCAGCCGAUGCUCACCAUGCAGCCGAUGCUCACCAUGCAACCGAUGCUCAUCACGCUCACCAUGCAGCCGAUGCUCACCAUGCAACCGAUGCUCAUCACGCUCACCAUGCAGCCGAUGCUCAUCAUGCAGCCGCACACCAUGCAACUGAUGCUCACCAUGCAGCCGCACACCAUGCAACCGAUGCUCACCAUGCAGCCGCACACCACGAAGCCGCCACACAUUGCCUACGCCAUUAA